GUAUUUCGUUAUCUGGAAGAUCUAUGUAACCUGUGUGUCACAUAAUUUUAAUGCUUAUCUCUAAAUCAAGCAAUUGACAAUGGCGUCAAAUAUAUUGUGUGUUUUAGCUUACUUGUGUGUUCUAACAUCAUAUGUGGAAGCAGAAACAUCUACGGUUGCAGUUGUUGAUACACCAGACACACCGAUGGACACUACGAUGACUUCUACAUCAGACUCUAUGACGUCUACUACAUCAUCAACCACCAUGUCACCAACAACACAAGCACAUUCUGACCACGUCACUUGUUACUCCUGCAAGUUUCUGUCGAACCUAAGCAAUUGUCGAUUUGCCAAGCAUUGUCCAGCAGGAUCUUCGUGUUUAACAGGACAGUUGACCAGUGGAUUAUAUUACCUGGACUGUGUACCUUCACCAGCAUGUGCAGUGUUACCGGCACAGCUGCAAUCGGCUGGGAAAGUGACAUAUCUCAAUCAACAGUUCAAACGUUUUGAGUGUUGCUCCAGCCUUAAAUGUAACAAAAAUGCAGCACUAUUUGUAGGAUAAUCAAACAGACAGUAGAUAUAUUAAACAUAUCAUUAAACAGAA